AUGAAGACGACACUCGCUCUGCUCCUAAUCAUGGAGCUCUGCGGACUCUCCUCCGGUCUCAUUAAACAUCAUUUCUUUGUAAAAGAUAAGAUGACAUGGGAUUCUGCAAGCAAGUACUGCAAAACUUACUUUCAUGACCUCUCCACCUUCACCAACGAGAACGAGGAACAGCCAUUUUUGGAAGAUGCAGCUUAUCAGCCUUCUGAUGCCUGGGUUGGACUCUACAAAGAAUCAGGAGUCUGGAAGUGGUCAGGAGGUGAAAAUGCAACACAAAUUAACUGGGAUACACGUAAUAAACAACCUGAAAAUGAUGGCUGUGCUUUUCUACACAAAGGCCAUAAGAAACUACAUGACAUAGACUGCAAUGGCAAAUACUCCUUCUUCUGUAUGAACAUAGAGCUUGUUCUGGUGCUGCGGAAUGAGACCUGGGAAGGAGCUCUAGAAUACUGCCAAAAACAAAACAAUGAUCUAGCAAGUCUGAGUUCACUUAGCAUGAUGGAUUCUGCUUUAGGGAAAAUCACACAGGCUCAAACAAAAUAUGUGUGGACUGGUCUGCGCUUUCUAGCAGGGGACUGGUUCUGGGUCAAUGGAAAUGUUCUUGACUACACAGCCUGGUCUAAGACAGGACAGCCCCAGUGUCCUGCCAGAGACCUUCGUUGUGGAGCCCUGGACAAGCAAACAAGGGAUUGGACAAACAGAGAUUGUGAAGAGACGCUCAACUUCUUUUGUUCUGCACAGGCAGUAAAAUGGUUGGAGCAGGACUGUGGUUCUCCAGGACCAACAUUGGCUGCCCCUGGUGUAGGCAAUGGUGGUGGUAACAUCCAGCACAUUGCACCACAGCACCGUGUGCCAUCUCCGUGUUCUCUGCGUACAUGA